AUGGAUGCCAGCUGUAGUUUACCUCUUAAUGUUGCAUUGAUUACUCUUCAGGUGAUUGCAUUGCAUGCAAUAAUGCAUGAUUUAGGUGAUCUCCCUCUAAUCUUGGUUUUGCAGGAGUUGGAUGAUGGAAACGUUCUCCUCCGUUUGGCACAUCUAUAUGAA